AUGGCGCAAUCACCCCACUCAACUGCGCCAGGGACGACGAUACGGAGAGCGCAAAGCAACGACGUGCCCGACAUUAAACGAAUGGUCACUGCGGCGUAUACAAAAUACAUUGACCGCAUCGGCAAGCCACCGGCGCCCAUGCUCGCCGACUACGCCCAGCUGCUGCUCACGCACGACGUCUUCGUUCUCGUCGCCGACCAAGCCGGGGCGGUGGUCGGCUCCAUUGUCCUGAAUGCCAGCGAGGGCCAGGACUCUGUCCAGAUCAACAACCUGGUCGUCGAUCCGGCGGCGCAAGGGCGGGGAUAUGGCAAAGCUCUGAUGCGGUGCGCCGAAGACUUUGCGCGGGCGAGCAGCCGCACGGCGUUGGAGCUGUUCACCAACGUCAAGAUGCACGAGAACUUUGCGCUGUACGCCAAGAUGGGGUUCGAUGAGGUAGGCAGGAGGACAGAGGACGGGUAUGAGCGCGUGUUCUUCCGCAAGGCGCUGGUAUGA